CAAAAAAGUAAAGGUUUUACAAGUAAGAAAGAUAGAACGAAAAAUACUUUGCAUUUACGGGUAUUCCUUGUAAAACGUUGCUAGCAAAUAAGUAGGAGAAACUUCCCUGCAGGUGAAAUGAUCAAAGUUACGAGCGUUUGCUCGUUGCCUGUCGACGUCAAUUUCGAGUUAAUAUGUCACAAGGAAAGUACGGGAUCGCCCCCAGAGCCGCCGUCUUUGAUCUCAGCGUCCUUUACUACACACUCCUAUUCCUACUCCUUCUCCACCUCCUCUUCGUUCGUUAAUCGUGACGGUUGUCCGGCACCUUCCGAAAACUCAGCCACCCUUCUGGUCACACGCCGGAAAACGACGUUAUCGGAGGGAUAGCUAAAUCCAAUUUUAUUGUUUGCCCGCUUAGGAUCGUUCGAAUUACUCUCUCCGUCCCUCUCUCUCUCUGUGUCUUUCUUGAUCGAGAGGAGGUCGCCAUUACGUACACUUUUCUAAUCGGCUAUACGAUUAUUAUCUUACCGAGGGAGGAGAGAGACUUUAAUUACUCUACACAUACAAACCUUUACAAAUAUGGUGGCUGAAACGUAUUACAUGCGGAAUCCUUAUCCCGUACCGGAUGUCUCUCGAGAGGGUUGUUGGACGAUCGGUGGACCAGUACUAGGUAAUAAAGUCUUACCUAACUACAAAGAUUGGGAUCUAAGAUUGACUCCUUUCGAACGUCUCUUCGCUCAUCAUACCUUGAAUAGCAUAAGGAAAGAUUGUCGAUUGAUCAGACCGCAGGUACCGAAAGAUUCAUUGGACUUGGCAUUGAACAGUGUUUACGUUCAUAGCAAGGACACGUUAGUUCCAAAGAUGUAUACAAUCAUGCAACCAGAAACUCUAGGACAAGAGACUUGGCGAGUUCUCAAGAAUGAGAUAAAGGUCAUACCUACGAAGCCAAAAUUACCGGUCGAACAGACGAGAAAGGUAAUCAAAACUGAUAACAUAUUCGAAUCUUCGACGAAGGAAAGGAUUUUGGGUGAAGAAUUAAAAUGUUAUCGCGGCCCGGUUGCUCCGGAUAGGAUACAUCCUAGCAGCGUGAAAUUAGCUAUCGAGGGUCCUCACACGGAUCAAUCGAAUCCUGGCUACAGUCGUAAAAUUGACGGAACUUUUUACAAUAUUUAAAGAUGGAUUUUCGAGAUAUUUGGGCCUAUGUAUAUCUACACACACAUACAUAUACAUAUAUAUAUAUAUAUAUGUAUACACACAUAUAUAUAUAUAUCGACAAAUCGUGUUAAGCCCUCUGACCACUUCGUAUUUUCAAGAAUAACCAAUCGGAUUUGCUUCUUUCCACUGAACCCGAGUACACAGAAUGAAAUGUUUGAAGGUCCACAAAUCGAUGCUUUAAAACGCGAUCGAUAAUCUAGAUUAUCUAGGUGUCUUUGCUCUACUGGAAUUAGCCAAACGUAUAGAUAUAAAAUAAAUAUCAUCGUAUAUUAUAAAAUGAAAUUAAACGAAACUGAACGAAACGAAA